AUGAAACAACACACUAUCAACAGAGUCAUCAACAUUCGAUCAUUUCAAGGCAGUAUUUUCACAUACACACCCCAUCCUCAAGAAGCUGAGCAAGGAAAGAGAAUGGAAAACUUUUUGGGGAGUGGUGAAAAAGAAAUCAACAGAGGAUUACAAAGGGGUUCCAUACACAACUACACUACUAAGCACAAGUUUAUGGACCUUCUAUGGACUUAUGAAGCCAGACGCUCUUGUUGUAUCAAGAACAGUGAUAAAGACCAAGAGCGUGGAGUUCAUGCCAUUUUUGCUGUGCCUAAUGCAGUUGGUUUUGUAUUGGGGUCAGCCCAAUUGAUCCUAUAUGCAAUGUACAAGAACAAGUCAACAUCAACCGAAUCAGUGGAGGUGAUGGCAGAAGAUGGCUCGGACCGCCUGGAGGAAGGAGGCUUCGAGAUGCUUGGACGAAGAAAUAACGACGACAAAGAUGACCACGACGAGGGCAAUUUGAAGAACAGAAGUCUCAGUAAGGGAAAGAGCCUGCCGAAGCCACCAGUUAAUAGAGAAGACAGCUCGCAAAAGAUCAUGAAGACAGUCUCUUUGAGUGAUAAUGAGUUGCAACAUUCAAAUCGGGCUAAUGAGAGCGAUAUUGAGAAUGGGAAAAUUGAUAGCCACCCUUGA